AUGACGUUUGACUCCGAUGCCCCGAGCACCGUCGCCCACCACUCGGGACAUCUGUCCGAGAAGUGCGUUGAUUGCAUAUGGAGAAGCUGUUUUGCAGACACUUUUUGUGCGGAGCCGAGACAGGUUUGGCUGCGCCACUCCCUUUCUGGACGCGCGGCCUACGUUCGGGGCGCGCAUAUCCAGACAACACCGGCACCGACUUCGGCCCCGCCAGGCGAGUUAGUUGGACUAGCGCUUCAAGCGCUUCUUCUGCGCCGAAUCACUCUCCCCCCCGAUACCCCCGCCGUCAAGACGGAAGCACUGGAGCAAAUCUUGCCCCGCAGCCUCCUGCCGCCACGACGAGCCCGGUCCACAUGGCUGAGUUACCAAGAGCAGGCGCACGCUUCUCCCCGGAAACCCUACAAUGAUGUUACGUUUGUCAUGUACGAGGCGACGAGGAGGGCAUUAAGGCCGCAUUUUUUUCCUACCUCCCGCUUCUGCCACGCUCUCUAUCUUUCCGGUUGCUGUGCAGUCUUCCAACCUCCCAGACCCUCGGCGCGAGGUUCGUGCCACCUCAGCUUCGAUAGUGGACACGAUAGGCCCGCCGCGCCCCCGGAUUCGCCACGCGCCGGCGUCCUGCGAAGAGCUCGGGAGAAGCGGAAAGCGGGGAAGAGGCCCGCGGCUGAGGAAGUGCGCAGUCAAACCACUACGAGCCGGCCGGCCUACCCCGGCACCCGCAGGAGCGAGCCAGUCGCGCGGACGUGGCCGUCUACGCAGCCCAGGAGAGCCGCAUCGUCGCCAGCCCCCGCUGCGUUGAUCCGCUCGCCCCGCUCUUCUUCCCUGCGCCGUGUUCACGCCAGCCCGAGCCUCCGCCCCCGCACCCCGCUCCUUGUGUUGGCCAGUGAGGGCCCACUCUCCAGUCCCGCGACUGCACGGAGGAGUCCACUUGCCCAGCGGCAUUUUCACCGCGGCAUCCCGCUGCACCAGCAAUCGCCAGGUUCUCCACCGCCGGGCGCCCAGUGUCCCCCCUCGACGCAUCAACCGAGCCACGGCACGGCCAUGCCAGUUCUGCCGAACAGUGGACGGCCCCCACGCGUCACGACAGGCCGACCGCGGGGGCCCCCAUGUACGCAGGGCCAGAUGAACACCCGCGCGGCGGCAGCGCGAGGAUUGUGGUCGCGGUAUCAUUUUACUCUAUAUCCCGGUAAUUCGCAGCUAGAGUCAGUUGUGAUUCGCCUACUGCGCGCCCCGUGCAUCGCCAUUCCAUUCAACCGUUGA